AGGAGGAGGAGGAGGAGGAGGAGGAGGAGGAAGAUCUUCCUUCUCCUCCUCCCAUAGCUGACGAGCGAUGGCAACGGGCGACGAUGACGAGGAGGAGGAAGAUUAUGACCGGGAGGAAGACGACGAUGGGGAGGAGGAAGACAGCGAUGAUGGGGAGAUGGCGGACGACGAUGGGGAGGAUGAGGAAGAAGACGAUGACGGGGAGGAGGAAGAUGGCGCUGAGGAGGAGGAGGAAGACGGUGCUGAGGAGGAGGACGACGAUAACGCCGUUGUCGAUGCGGCAACGGCGAUCCCCGCGACGGCGACCACCAUGACGGCAACGGCGAUGGCGACCCCUGUCACGGUAACAGCGAUGGCGACCUCCGUGGCGGCAACGACGUCGGCAACGGGUUUGCCAACGAGAAGGUGCGUGGCGUGGGGGUGGCAGCAGGGUCAGGCUGCAAGGCAGGACGGGGGCUAGACUGUCCUGCCACGAAUUCGAAAUUUGCGUCGGGACCAUCUUCCCCCCGCCCCGCCUUGCAGUCCGACCUCCGACCCAC